AUGGAUCUGGCGGAGGUCGGGGAUGUCGAUGGACGAGGCGGUGGCGACUUCUCCGGCGACUGCGGCGGCGGACUGAAGGUCCGAAUGCACAAUCUUCUUUAUUUUGUUGGUGUCCCGUGGAUAAAAGCAAUCAGAAAAUGUUCUGGUCGCGUAAUGAUAAAUGCCGAUAUCGUGGCCCCCAAAGAUGGAGCCCGCUGGAGGCUGGUGUCUAUUUGUGUCAGUAAAGCCAUGGUUGGUUGGUGCGGAGAUGGCAAAGGAGUGGUUCUUGCCAAUAAACAUUGCCAGCCCAUCCAGCGAACCCUCCAUGCUAGUCUUAAUAAGCUUGGGCUGAGUGCCGUCCCCCGAAAUAUAGUCAACUUUAAAAGCAUCGAAAGCAAAUGUUUGGUGGGGGAAUUUGUCAUCCCAACCCCUAUACUUACCAAAGUAGAUAUGCGGACGAUAUCUACCGACAGGGCCCAUCCGUAA